AUGACUAGUAGAAUAUGGUCCAAAAUAUGGCCAAGGAGGCCUAGAAGGACAGGAGCACGAGAAGCUCGGACUGAGGUUUCUACAACAUUUGCAAAUUGGAUUAAUUUGGUCUCUGGUUUAGUCGACGAAAUUGUGACCAGCUAUGGCAAGGCCGAAUAUAAUCGUAAAAUUUGUCUUGUUAUGGUCGAUCGAGUCGAUGCCGUCUCACCUUGUGUGCGAGCGUUACAUAGACGUCUCGAGAAUGAUGAACCGAGAUUUCAAAAUAGAAAUUUUCGCGAUGCAUUAAUCAAGCUUCAUCGGGUUUUGAAAGACAUCAAGGAGUUUAUUAAUGACAUCUCACAACUCACAGGAUACCGAAAGUUCAAAAAUAUCGACGAAGUGAAGGCGAGGUUUUUAAAAAUCAUUUCUGAAUUUGAACGAUUUUGCGAAGAAUUGGAAUUUCCCAGUAAUAUUAUUCACGGGGACCGUCGAGAAGAAGAGAUGCGAAACGUUGAGGAGGAUCUGAGAAAUAUGAAAAAGUUUUUAGAAAAUGUUGGAGGUGGUGUUACUACUAGACAAGGCGUGGAUACCUCAAUCAACAUGAUACUUGCGGAGGUCAUCGAAUUGCGAAAAAUGGUGGAAACAAAAGAUGAUGAAAGAUAUUUAUUGUACGUGCGUCAGAUACCAUCAUCAGAAUUAGAGCCCCCAGAACAAGAAAGAACAUCGGAUUCUCGUGGAAAGGUUUAUAAACGAAUGCUAAGAUCUGUUGUACCAGUGGCAUGCAAACAAAUUGUCAUUCCUGAUGGUAGAUCUCACGAGAUCAAGAAACAAUUAAGUAUUUUGAAUAAAUUACAAUCUUCCGACAAAAUUAUUAAGUUUCACGGGAUGUCCAAUCAGAAGGGUCAUGAUAUUAUCGUCUUAGAGUGGGCCGAGCAAGGAGAUCUAAUGAAUUUGUAUAUGAGAGAAAAUUUAUCGUGGCCAGUGAAACUUCAACUUGCCCAUGAUAUUUGUAAUGGUUUGGUAUUCUUACAGGCGUGUUAUAUUUUCCAUCAUGAUAUUCGCUGCGAAAACAUUAUGGUUUUCGGGGAAAGGUCAAAUUACACGGCAAAAAUUUCAAAUUUUUCUCUUAGCCGCGAGGUUACAGCGGAAACCUCUAAUGUACGAGACUUGUACACAAUUGUCAGAUGGUUGGCACCGGAGAAAUUGAAAAGAACCCGAGAAGAACCUUAUACAUUUAAAUGCGAAGUAUUCAGCUUUGGAAUGUUGUUAUGGGAGCUUGCGUUUCAGAAGAUACCGUAUCUGGAGAUGAAGGAGUUGGACGAAAUAAUAGAUUACAUCCUCUCCGAAAAAAGAGAAACUUUGAAUUUUGAUCACUACGACGAGCAUCAGCAAAUUAUAAAGGUUUAUCGGGAUUCCAUCUCAAAAUCAUGGAAUCAUGAUCCGGAUGCGCGUCCGCCUAUAAAUGAAUUGUUUCAAAAAUUCACAAAUACACUUAGAGGUGAUCACUCUGAACCAAAUGACGAAACAAGAAUCACUGACACACCUGUAAGUGACCAAUUUGACGAAAUACUUCCGCUCGAAAAAGGCAUCGAGGCGCAUCAACACGAGGAUCACGAAAAGGCAUGGAUGUGUUUUGAGAAACAUGCCGUUCUUGGGGAUCCAAAAGCAAAAUAUUGGCAGGGUUAUUAUUUGUGGAACGGAUAUCACGGAUCAAAGGAUGCCGAAAAAGCCACAAAUCUGUUUAAGGAGGCUGCUGACGCUGGUGAAGCUGACGCACAAUACCAUUACGCAAUGGCCAUAAAAGAUAACAUAGACCGCCAGAGUCAAUUCAUUGAGUAUUUGAAAAAAUCAGCAGAUAGUAGUAAUCAAUUGGCUCUGUUUGAUAUGGCGCAAAUACACCUGAAUGGGUCAUAUAAUAUUCCAAAGGACCCAGAAAAAGGUCGGUUAUAUCUCAGACUCGCUGCUUUGAAGCAUCAUCCGGAAGCCAUUAGUUUACUUGAAAAGCAUGAUAGUUGA